AGGAGUCAUCUGCUAGAAAGCUACUUGCCAAGCACGCUAUUCGUCAUCAUGUCUUGGGGCAGCUUCGUAGUAAUGCCCGAAGUCGUGCCUGGUCGAAUGGUUCUACUGGUCACAACACUUCUGUCACUGGUCACCAUGUUCGAUACCAUAAGGAACAACUCGCCGAGUGCGCUGGAGCUGAAAUGCAUCGAAGUGUGGCUAAUAUCAUGYACGCUGUUCGUGUUCCUGGCGCUGGUCGAGUACUUUAUCGUGCUAUUCGGCAUGCGGUACGAUAAACAUUGGAGGCAUAAAAAACACAAUCUAGACGAUAGUGGAGCAAAGGGUGACGACGAACAGUGGACCAGUGGUGGUUACAUCCACCGGGAAGCUGCGAUUCCAGUUGAUCGCCAGACAUGUCAUACUAUAUUGUGGUUCGCCGAGGGGUACUCUGGACCAGGUUUCRUUGGCACUGUUCCCGUUGUGCUUUGUCAUUUUCUCCGUYAUGUACUGGAUAUCGUACAUUACUGA